AUGAAUAGCACAUUCUCGUCAUGGGUAAAAUGGGCACUCCUACUAGUAAGCACACUAACAAUUGAUGGAACAAAAAUACAUGUUAAGAGAAAAAAGAUUCUGUUCCCCUCUUUUACACAAAAUGGUUGGUCGAGAAGGGGCAGAGACAAUCACUUUGCUUCACACACCUUGGUGCGCAGAGGCAAAGCUGCCUUUCACCUGUUCAAAAAGAAAGACACCCCGUUGAAGUUAUCCCAAGAGGAUAAUAUAGGUAAAGAAAUUAGCUCCUUAAAUUGCCUAAACGAAUUGAUAGAAUCGGUGUUACAUAAGAAAUACGAAUAUAAUAACAGCUUGAAGGAGCCCAUUUUUACCAUCUCCCAUUUGGCUAGCCAUUUUAUGAAGAACUCGGUAAAUUUACAAAAUGUAGAAUUCGAUGAACAAAACAGGGAUGAAUAUACCUAUGAGAAAAAUAGAAUUGGCGACUUUCUCGAGGAGAACAACAUACAGGUUCGUAACAAUUUGGGACAGCUUGCGCAAGUCGGUAUGAAUGUUCCACCAAAUAAAGUUCAAUCCAGCGGGAGCAUCAAAAAGGACGACACUCAUCGCAGCGAAAAUGGUGGUAACGAAAAUGAUCUCAACCAUGAAAAUAAAAUCCUUUGCUUGAUGGCGAAAAAUAAAAUUAAAAAGGAAGGCGUCAUAUGCAGCAUACCCAGCUCGUACAUAAUUCACUUUGACUACAUCGUGAAGCAAAUUCAAAAUUACGUGGACCUUUUUUCCAGCGCUUAUAACGUAAACUAUAUAAAAUACAUUUUUAAAAACAACAUGGAAGAUGAGAUAAAAGAGCUAACCCCCCUCACCAUCUUACUGUAUGAUAUUUAUAAAAGGCACGUCCACUUUUUAUCCUUCAUGAAGUCACCACUUAUCUUUUUAAAAUUCUGGGACGUGAAAUUAACAUUGAUAAUAACAUAUAUCCACUUCGUUUCGAAAUAUGUGACGAUUCUGCUUCAUGCAUAUAAUUUUAACAACACCUUUUUUGUUCUCCUGAGGAAUUAUUUCGCCAACAGGGAGAAACCAAAUGGGAUAACUGGCAAAAAUUCGACGCGCAAGGAGGACCAAAGGAAUGAUGGCCCAGGUGACAACACAGGUGACAACAAAGGUGAUAACCGAAGUGAUAAUCCAGGUGACAACACAAGUCAUAACGCAAGUGAUAACCCAAGUGAUAACCCAAGUGAUAACCCAAACGAUAACCCAAGUGAUAACCCAAACGAUAACCCAAGUGAUAACCGAAGUAACCCCCCAAAGCAUAGCCUCCCUUGUAACGCUAACACAGAAGAGAAACCACGCAAGCCACACCCCCCACACAUAGACCAAACACACUGCGCUCUUACCAAAGAAACAAAUGAGACACUUAAAGAGAAGACCAAUUUUUUCUUCUAUAAAAAUUACCAACAUUACGUAAACUAUAUUGUUAAUAAAAAACCUCUGUCCCAUUUGCCUCUACUCUUCUCAGACUCCUCUUUUCUUCUUUUCAACAACAUGAAUAUGAAAAAUAUAAUUUAUUUUCGGAGGCAAAUGCUCCAUGAAAUAUUAAAUUUACUUAAAGGUGACGAAAAUGGAAACUCCAACUUUUUAUUCAUUGACAAAAAUGCCAUACACAGAAUUUUAUUCACUAACAAUAAGCAUUACCAACGCAUUGGAAAAUUGCUAGCCUGUGAUGAUAACCCCCUUUGCGAGGAAAAACGAGAAUCUCGCCACGACGUUUCGCUUGACCACACAGCAGACGUUAACAAGUUGUAUCACUUCGCUUUGCUCCUGGAGGAAGCCAACCCAAACAGACAAGGCAGCCACCCAAACGGAGGGCCAACGGCCAGCGCACCAAGUGAUUCCCCCCGUGAGACUAUCGAAUCCAUCGCGUACACUGAAUCCCUAUUCGAAUCGUUGGACCAUUUCGUCAAUUACAACUUUCUGAUGCGAAUAUAUUCCUACGUUUCCUCGCAUGUGAUAAAAGUGAAGGGCAACGUAACCCUAAAUGGGGAGCAUUCAGCGGAGGAAGGAAAAAAAAUAAAUCAAAUACAUCAAAUAAAACAAGGCGAAAAUAACCCAAAUCAUAGCGACCACUAUGAGCUGAAGGACAACGUCCUAAGCAGCAACGUUAAAAUGGAAAAGGUGGAGAAGGCCAUCCAGAAGCUCACCGUAGAGGAAUGCGCAAAGCACGAUUUUAACCAGUAUGAGAAAGCCGAAAGGGAGGAAGAAAACAAAUACAUGUGCCUAAUACCAAUCAUAGACAUCUGUAACCACAGCAAUUUUGCCACCAACUGUAUUAUAAAAAAGGAAAUGAAAAAAAGUGAAGAAGGUGGGUUUCACAUCGCGAGAGAUUCCAUGAGGGAUUCCCACUCUGGGGAUGGCCCGAAUGGAACGAACCAAAUGAAGGACAUUUUAAAGGAGACCCACAUUGAGUGUAUAUCAAAAGAAGCCAUUCAUAGGGAAGAGAAACUACCAAUUAGUAAUUUAGAUAAUGUCCAAUUAAUCAGCUCAAAAGAUAUAGACAGAGGAGAAGAAAUCACCAUAAGUUACGGCAACCUGAGCAAUGACCUUCUACUCCUAGAAUACGGAUUUAUUUAUAAGCAGAACACAAAAGUGUACUUCCAUUUUGAUGUGAAAAUUGUAAGAGAAAUAAUUAUACAAAUAUUAGGGUUUGAUAAGUUACCCCUAACAAUGUUAGAAAGUCUACCACAGGUUAAGGUGGAUUUAUUUAUAAAGCUUCAUGUCAUCCAGAACAAUCAGAAUCUGUAUGAACGAUUUGAUGUCAACAGCAUGGAGAGCGCAAAAAUUACGAGAAAAAAAAAAGAAAUACUAAACGAUUAUGUAAGAAAAAAUAAAUAUUUCAACGAGUACAACAUCUUUACCAUGAAAGAUCGCAUUAACAAAUUCUACAUCGAAGAAAAACUCCAACAUUCGCAUAAGAAAAAUUACCUUUACAUAGGCACAGAAUUUAUUGUAGACCCGAUCCUACUAGCCACAAUCCGAGUUAUCAUAUAUGACGACUUAGACCACCUCGCCAAGGUAAAGGUAACCGACUUGGGGAAAUGGGAACAUCACUUGUCACCCCUAUCCGAAGUAGUUGUGUUGCAAAUUUUAAUCAAAUUAAUCGAUGAAAUUAUAUAUGAACAAUUCUACCAUUUUAAUUAUGAAGAAAUAUUAAAGAAGGGAAACGUCCGAUACGCCGAUUUGAAAUUUUUGCAGAAUAAAUUUCUCCAAAAAGAUUUGUUCGACUCGGAGAAAUCCAUAGACGUAUCGCACAGUAACAACUUUAAAAUCGUUAUUUAUAAUAUUAUGAAGCUGAAGGAGCUGCAAAAUGCGAAGCGAAAGCUUACAGAAAAGUUGAAGCAAAUGAAGGGGCUCAUAAAGGUUUAA